AUGUUGACCCACUUCAUCGUCAUUCUCCCCCUCCUCCUUACAGUAGACGGCAAGCAGCAGUUCAAACAAGUGCUAUGCGAUAUCAACCUCGAGCAAGACGGCAAAGUCUUCGAUGAAACCAUAUGCUUGGUUAAAGAUUCCGAGGAUCGCCGCAGUAUACUCCUAAUCGAAGGCCUCAGCAAAUCGACCCCACCCACUGGCAAAGUCUUCAACGUCGAGGCUGAGAAGCCCGGUCGUGGUGGCAAGAACUCCAGGAAGCUCACUAUCACGACCCCUGUUGAAAGCAAAGAUCUUAUGUAUCAUGGUCAAAGAUUCAAAACAAGCCCACUGUUUGUCAACGGCGACUCAUACUUCAAGAGCUUGACUUUGUCUUCUUACGGAAGAUCCGACGACCACGUGCAUGUUGUCUCUCUGACUCCAAUUCGUCCCGGCGACCAAAGGGUAGAAAGAUGCGACCGCUUUAUCUCGACCGACGGGACUGUCAGACUGGAGGCAUAUCACAACGUGGCCUACUUCGAGUGGCGCAUUAGCUAUCUCCUGCAAGGUGUCUGGAGUAAAGCCUCUAAGCUGAAGGUUAAGGACUACAUCCUUAAAAGCGAGUUGAGCACCUUUAAGGGCACCUUUUAUGACCUUCACCCAGGUCACGAGGAACACAUCGUAAUGUUGGCAACCCAUAACGAUAAGACGAUCCUGCUGUUUAAAGAGGAGUAG